GUUGGGAAAGCGAGACGGACGCACGUUUUGCUUUGCCCCUAUCGGUUUCUGUUCUCCUCUUUUUCCUGGUUAGAGAGAGUGUGUGUGUGUGUGUGCUCUGGCAGGCUUGGCGGUGUUAUUGUGCUGGUCAACCUUUCCUUUUCCCCUAGCAAAGGCUAGUCCGAUACAGCUCUCCAACGAGGAAGCUGAAACGGCCCAUCUUUGUUGUUGGUGCUCUUAUACUGUUUCUUGCGAGUAUUGUAGAUGGCAGCUACUGCAUCGUCUGUGUCUGCUGCGGCGCUUUAUCAAGACCAGGUGUGGUCUGCUCUGUGGGGUGUUCUUCAGCAGCCGCAACACCCUGAUAGUACGCUUCGAAGCUGCAGCACGCUUCAGCACGCAACCACGCAUGCUUUGAUGCAGAUCCUCAGCGGCGGAGCAGCCGAACCAAAAGUCACCCUUAGCACUCUUGAGGGCGUCUCUUCGCAGCUCCUCCGUCGCGCUGACGGAGCUCCGCUGCCGACGCCGCCGGGCGUGACGGCUGCAGGGCAGCGUGGAGUUGUAGGACCUGCCACGUCUGGCCUCCUCCCCACCCCCUCCCACGCCGCAGCAACCGCGGUGGAAAUUGAGCGCUUUUACGUGCUUGUGUGCACAGCGAUUCAGCUCAGCGUGGUGACGGAUGUGCCGCUGCUGAUCUCUGAUCGAGCGCCGGCGGUGGUGGCCAGCGGUCCAGCAACAGCGACGGCGACGAGCGCAGCGGCGCAGCUUCCUGUAGGGGUCACGCUUGCUUCGAGCGCUAUCGUGGCCGGCAUUUUCGGCGUCGCUCGCCAUCUUAUGGUCGACGGCGCAGCCGCUGACGCCGCCAGCGCGCAACAUCACGUCCAGCCCCUUUGGUUCACCUUCCUCUUUAUUUACCUCCAGCAGCUCUCUGCGCACACGCCAAAGGACACGUCGGGGUUUUCCCGCUUCUUUGAGAACUGCGGCAAGGAGUACGCGCGACGCAUCGCGAUGGAGCCGAUCUCAUCCGAUGAUGAAGACGUCACAGCACUCUCGUUGAGCGAAGAGGGCAACACGAAUACGAGCCAUUGCCUUUCUAUCCGACCCUCAGACGCACGGGCCAACGAACUGGCAGCGCUGCGGGCGUGGUCGCAGGUCUCCGCGGAUCUCCUCAAGGACACGAUCGCCCGGACACGCUUCCGGCGCGCCGCGCUGCUCUUCAAGUCCUUUGUCCCACACAUGACGUCGCAGGCACCCACGCUCAUGUUUCUGCUGGUGGACCUGCUGUGCGAGUACCACCGCAGCUGGGAAGCUUGGAUGCAGGGCGUACCACACGGUACUCUAGACGAGCAGCUGGCAGAGCAGCUGGCCCAGUACAGUACGCGCAGCAUCGCCCGCGACAGCACCACAUCCGCCUCGUCGUCCACGCAGAAGUCGAAGCAGUGGGAGCAAUGUCGAUGUCUAAUUCGGUCCUUCGGCGACCGCCUCACGCUGCUGCUGGGGGAGGGCACCCCGCACGCUCACCUCGUCGCCACUGCCCUCUGCGCUGUGCUUUCGUCGCUUUACGUCCUCCCCCACACUCGCCCCGCCGGCGUGUGCGCCGCGGAUGUAUCGAACCGCAGCAGCAAUACCGACAGCGGCGGCAGUAACGCCACGCCUAUCCAGUCGCCGACGGCGCCAAAGCCGGGCCAAGCGACUGCUGCAGGGCGUGCCGCCACUGCCGCCGAUGCCGGUGCAGGCCGCGGUCGGAGAGACGAGGAGGCGGCGGUGUCGGAGGUCGAGACCGCCUAUCGCCUGCCGCGCCGCGGUGUGCUGUCAGCCGCGGCAACGGAGAGCGCAUCCCCCACGGCUGCCGCUGCCGCUUCUUCACUGCAAACCAUACACGAGGAUGCCCGUGUGUGUGAGGCGGAGUGGCGCCUGCGGAACUACGCCCCCCUCGGUCAGCUCCUCGCCUACGUCCAUGUCUUGGAGCUUCAAAAAGUUCAUGUCUUCUGCGUGGCGGCGAUGCAGAUGCGCGUGGGGCGCACCGAGGCGCAGCAAACAGAGCACGUGCGCCUCUUUGCUGUGGCGUCGCUGUACUGCGGUGUCGCGGGGUGGGAUUUAGCGCUGCUGCUAUGGCACUUCGCGGGCUGCCCGCUGCCACCUUCCUUUCGUGGCCCUGAUGUAAGUCCAUCCCCUGCGUUGCCGAAUUCUGCGCUGGCGCGUUACACCGCCGCGGUGCAGCAGUACGUCGAUCAAAGCCGCGCAGAGCUCAUCGUGAACACACCAUUUGUGGAGCUGAACGGCAGUGGCUUCGAGGGCGGCUUCAAUGGAGACCACCGACGCGGUGGUGGUGGUGAUGGUGGUGGUGGCGGCAGAAGUGGCAGGCGUCCCGCGCCGCACCAGCAGACGGAGAGGUCAACGAUCCCGUCGCGCGGUGAGCUGCAAACAUCGCGGUUUAUUAAAAUGGUGAAUCUCGAUCCGGUGUUGCUCUCAUGGCGCGCACAUCGCGCAGCCGCGGAGAUGGCCUUCGCUGCCACGUCGUUAACAGCACCAGCAGCAGCAACAGCAUCGGCAGCACAAACAAGUUCACCACCACCCGCAUCGUCUACCCCGCAGAGAACAGACGCCAUGGCCUCCGGCUCAGGCUCCCUCACACCCGCCGCAACGGCUUCAGGUCCCAUUGCCCUGUCUACGACACCUCCAGGGAACACUGUCGGCAGUCAGGAUGCGCUGCUCUCGCCGUGUUGCUUCAUACGCGACCUCCUCGUAGCCGGACAGUACACCCUGGCCACCGCGGGUAUGAAGUACCUCUCCAAAAGCCCGUUGAACGCAGGAGACAAAGACGGCGCGUCGUCUGCCAGCGUGAACGUGCUGCUGCCCCCUCGGCGUGCAUUUCCGCGAAGCGUCAGCGUUGUGUAUUACGUCUCGGUGGUGCUGCGCCGAUGGUUGCAGCGGUGGGAAACGCUUCGUGAGCGGCCGCCGCCGUCAUCCAGUGGCGACAGCGGCGACUCCGUGGGCUUACGCGAUGAAACGGUGGCUGUCCUGCACUCUCUCUUCCCGCUGCUGUCGGUCGUGCAGAGCUAUUUGGCUCAUCAGGCGCUUCUUGCGCGUCUCGCGGCGCACCUGGCGUGGCUGUGCAAAGUGGCGUCCUCUUCAGUUUCCACCUCAAAGGAAAGCGAAGGCGCGAUGGUCGCUUUAGCACUGGUGGAGCGGCUGCUGAUCUACGUUGUCAUGCCCUGCCUGCGUGUCCUGCCACCCGCUCUCGUGGUGUACGACGCGUUGGACGACAUUGUGGAAGUCUUUACCCGCCUCUGCCACCCCCACCCCGACACCUACGCUGUGAUCCCCUAUGGUGAAAGCCCCGCCGCGCCGUUCCACGUGAUGCGGUGGCUGGAGGCGCUACUGCCCUCGCCGACCUUUGUGGCAAUGUACCAGACGAAGCAGCAGCAGCAGCAGCAGCAGCAACAGAACAGCAACUCGAAGGACUCGUCACGGGUUUGGGCAGCACCAGCGCUCGUACACCCUCACGACGCCCUCCUGCGCAAAGAGCGCGAGGCGCUGCUGUCGCAGUCUCUGAAGCGUCUCAACGCGGAGAACAUCGAAGAGUACCAAGCAGCGCUGCGCCCCAUCCUCUACGCGGAGCCCCUUCUCGUCGCCCACCGCCUCUUUGUUCUGGCGAUCGGCUAUAAGAACAACUUCUUAACCGCACACACCCGCCUCCUUCACGGGCUUCCGCGUACGAUCUUAACCCUCAUCACGCAGCAAGGUCUUCUCUUGAUGGAGCGGUACGCUGCGGAGGAGAAACUGACCGAUACCAACGGCGAAAGCCGCACGUCGAUUCUCGCGACCUUUCUGUCCACCUUGUGGCGCGAUAACGUCGACGUACUCGAUGGAGCGAUGCUCGUGCGUCGCGUGGAACUCGCACUGCGCAGCAACAGCGGCCACGACAUCGUCCUCGGCACGGAGCUGUGCAAGGCGCUGCUCACGGUCAUGGCCUACCGCACCCUCGAGCACGAGGAGAAGUACAGCGCGGCGCAGCUGCAGGCGCGUGCUGUCACGCCGUCCACUACGUCCUUCUUCGGCCGCGGCGCGAUGACCUCGUUUCGCGUGAGCUGCUGGCAGGACUCGGGUAGUGCGUUGCUGCUUCUCUCGCCAACCGACGUUUUUGUGACGGCGCGGCAAGCGCUGACGGAGGCUUUGCGGCAGCCCUGCGUCGUGCCUCUCCAGCGUGAGGAUGAAGCAGAGGAAGACGAGAUGGACGGCUAUCAAAACGAAGAGGAAGGUGCGAGGCACGGCGAACAUGUCAGGGCAGGCGACGUUGAGACUCGCUUGUCGCUGGGUCAGCUCAUCCUGGUCCACCUCUGCCGCCUGCAAAGCCGCAUUUAUGAGCUGCAGCGCGACCUUGACGGGGGUGCGGAGGUCAUUCUACUCUCCUCUGCCCAGCGCUUUAACACGAUGGACGACAUGCUGAUUAUCCUGGAAGAGCUCUUCCCCGCGCCAACGACCAGCUCUGUGGUGGACCGCCUCUGCGCGUUGGUUCGGCAGGUGGCGCUUCCGCAGGUAGCUCUUUACGUGGAGACGCAGCAGCGGCGCAAGUUUGCAGCACUCGGCAGCGUGGUGGCUCGCACUCCCUCGCUGCUGACGGCGGCUGAUGCGGUGUACCGUGUGCCCAUCCCCACCUUCACACCAAGCGAUCUCAUUACUACUACAGCAGCCGCCGGCACAGCCACUUCUGUGGCCUCCGAAUGCAGUCCGUCGGUUGCUCGCCUGUUGCAGUACUUCACGGCGGCGCAUUUCGAGUACUCACCGGUGCCGUACAAUGCAGCGCGGCAAGAGUGGCAGCAGUGCAUGCAGAAGGCGCAGCGCCUUCUUUCAGCUCAUCGUGCACCGUCUCCACUGGCGACGGCGGCGACGUCGACAGCGGCGGUGCUGUCCAGCGGCGGCGACUGCGCCCGUGCCCAACGAGCGGCCUCGAUUGUAGCGUGGCUGACGACGGAGGAGAAGCGUCUCGACGCCGAGGAGCUCGCCCACCGACACCUCCUUUCCUCCUCCGCCCCCGCACGAGCUGCCUUGCUCGACGCUUUUGUUCGUGAUCUCGUCCCCGCGAACCCAGCCGAUGCAGCGAGCGUCGCCGUGGCCGAUGAUGCGCUGAUCGACUUUGCGGUGUCGUACCUUCUGCCGCGCGCGGUGCUGAACUUGCGCGAGGCGGCAGCAGUCGCGGCCUUCUUCAUGUGGGCCUUUCAACACGCGGAGUCCACUGACGUGUCCCAUCAGCAGCAGAAGCAGCGCCAGCCUUUGCUGCGCCGAGUAACCGACCUUGCCCUCACGUUUGUCUCCGCGGCCUUCACGUACUUUGUCGCCUACACAGAUGGAGAGUGCAAGCGCAUCGGCUACGUCCUUCAGCGUCUCCUGGAGAUUCCCGCCUUGAGUGGUCAGCGCCAGCAGCGGCAGAGCGUUGCGACGCUCUCACCAGAGCUUUUUGCGCAACUGCACUCGCUUUACGCGACGGCAAAUCCGGGCGAGGGGAGUGCCGCUGGAACGCCAAAUGGAGGUGUGAAGGAUGGAAAGACCGCUGCUGCUGGGCCGCACAGUCCUUCACCUAAUGAGCCUAGGGACGAGUCUGGUAUGCCAGGUGUAGGCGCGCACCGCAACAUCAGUAGCGCCUUCUUCUCACACUCCUUUCUGUGCGCAUCAGGCGGGUCCGCGGUUCGCACCAACGAUGACGCCACCGCUGCUACUGCUUCAUCAGCAGCAUCUGCACCGUUGCCACAGCUACCGUCACUCCUGGCCUUGGCAGUCAUACGUGGUCUGGUGGAGGCGGGGACGGAAGCUGACGCUGCAGCGACGGCAGCAGCCGCAGCCGCAAGCACGUCGACGCAGAAGCCGGAAAAAGUGUCGGCCGCAGCGUCAAACGACUCGUCGAAGGCCUCUGCUGCCGCAGAUCGGAAGACGAAUGCUUCUCGUGCAGAUGAAUCCCCCGCAUCCGGUGCGUCCGCUAUCCCGCUGCAAUUGGAGGCGUACGUGUGCCGAGCCCUCGUGCAGUUGCUCACGCACGAGCACGACGUACCCGCCUACGCCCAGCGCAAUCAAUUUCUUAUCCUCGAACAGCUUGACAAAGCUGCCUUUCCCUCCACGUUGUGCGCGGUGGACCUGCUGAUCCGCGCCGUGGAGCCGCACGCGUCGAAAUCGAAGUCGUACUACGCCUUGGCCUCUGCGGUGCUCAAGCAUCUGCGCUUGAACCGCCGACGCAGGCGCGAAGCACAGAACGUCGUUGCAGCCCUGAGCCGCGGCGAGGACGUGAGCGAUGCCGCAAGCUAUCGCACAGACGGCCCUCCGGCAACUCCCUCCACCGUCACAGCAGCGCCAUCGGUGGCGCCGUCGUCGCUGCGGGAGAGCGCAACAGCGUGCCGCGCGCAGUGGCGCUUGCGGGAACACUACAUGAAGCAGCUCAUGCAAGCGGAGGUAGCACAGCUGCUCGGUGAUCAGCAGCUGCGCCGCCAUGAUGAGAGCGAGGUGGACGAAGAGGAAAACGAGGAGAAGGAGAUCGGGUCGAACACCAGUGACUACGGUGAAGAAACGGCUGCCGAGGACAGCGAAGUCCAACAGCAGCAAGAGGACGAGCAACAGCAGCAGAAGCAGCCGUCACAAGACAGGGACGAUGAGCAGGAAGUGAAUGCGGAACGGGAGGAGAGUGGCGCGUCGGGUGUCUCUUCCCUUGACGAUGAGGAGGACGGCGACGGUGCAAGUGGUGGCGAGGACGACAGCAGCAGCGGCGACGAUGGCGGCGCAGAGGACGAGGAGGAAGACUCGUUGUCUGGUGCCAGCGAUGAGGCGAGAGAGAGCGAGGCGAGUCCGGUCGAGGACGACGAUGACGACGACGACGCAAGUGGUCCACGUAAGCGUCCGCGGGAAGAAGACGCAGGUGAAGAGCGGGGGGAGAGGUGA